AUGGAUGGAAGACCCACCUGUGACCAGUGUGGAAAGACUUUCACCACAGCAAGUAACCUAAAACAACACCAACGCAUCCACACUGGAGAAAAAACGUAUCAGUGUGACCAGUGUGGAAAUGCUUUUGCCAGAGCAAGUGACCUAAAAAUCCACCAACGCAUCCACACUGGAGAAAAACCAUAUGCGUGUGACCAGUGUGGAAAGACUUUCACCACAGCAGGUUCCCUAAAAGUCCACCAACACGUCCACACUGGAGAGAGACCUUAUGAGUGUGACCAGUGUGGAAAUGCUUUUACCAGAGCAAGUGAACUAAAAAUCCACCAACACAUCCACACUGGAGAAAGACCAUAUGGGUGUGACCAAUGUGGGAAGAGUUUCAUAGUAGCAAAAGAAUUUAAAAUCCACCAACGCCUCCACACUGGAGAAAGACCAUAUGAGUGUGACUGGUGUGGAAAUGCAUUCACCAGAGCACAUCAUCUAAAAAUCCACCAACGCAUCCACACUGGAGAAAGACCAUAUGAGUGUGACCAGUGUGGAAAUCAUUUCACCAGAGCAAGUGGCUUAAAAAUCCACCAACGCAUCCACACUGGAGAAAGACCAUAUAAGUGUGGCCAGUGUGGAAAUGCUUUCACCACAGCAGUUGACCUAAAAAUCCAUCAACGCAUCCACACUGGAGAAAGACCAUAUGAGUGUGACCAGUGUGGAGAUGCUUUCACCACUGCAGGUCACCUGAAAGUCCACCAACGCAUCCAUACUGGAGAAAGACCAUAUAAAUGUGACCAGUGUGGAAAUGCUUUCAUCACAGCAAGUUACCUAAAAAUCCAUCAACGCAUCCACACUGGAGAAAGACCAUAUGAGUGUGACCAGUGUGGAAAGACUUUCACCACAGCAAGUUACCUAAAAAUCCACCAACGCAUCCACACUGGAGAAAGACCAUAUGAGUGUGACCAGUGCGGAAAGAGUUUCAUCCAAAUGAAUGGGCUUAACUAUCACCAACGCAUCCACACUGGAGAAAGGCCAUAUGAGUGUGACCAAUGUGGAAAGAGUUUCACCCAAAUGCAUGGGCUUAAAUGUCACCAACGCACCCACACUGGAGAAAGACCAUAUUACUGUGACCAGUGUGGGAAGUUUUUCACCACAGCUAAUCACCUAAAAAUUCACCAACGGACCCACACUGGAGAGAGACCCUACCAGUGCAGAUUCUAUGACAGAUCUUUCAUCAGAGGUUCAAAAUGAACUAAUUGUGAACGUGUUAAACAUUUCUACAAAAGACAAAAACUGAACAGUCGUACAAAAAGUAAGACAUUGGACUCUAGUGGAGAGAGUCAGUGUCAUAACACACCUUAACAGUUUGAAUGUUUCCAGUGUGAUGAAAGAUUCUUGUCAUCCUCUGCCCUCUGCUAUCAUCAGCACAGAUGUGAAUCAUCAAUAAUGCACCACCUUCACAAAACAGUGACGUUACUGAACCUCAACCUGCCACUAGGUGAAAAGUUCAACUAGUGGAGGUCAACAAGGACCUGGUUUCUAUGGUGAUACUACUUGUCAUUGACUCUGUGGACUUUAAUCAGUAACUUGUUGUUGUGACUCUGUUGUCGGUCGGGGUUCACACAGUUGGAUUUACAUCAGUUAGAAACAACAUGAUGAACAUAAUGUAAUUGAGACAGAACGACUGAUCAGCCAGUAGUGGUUUAGUCUCAAACUGAGGCCGACAACAUGAAGGAGAUCACAUUCCACUGGAGGAGGAAGUCUGUUUAGCAGAAAGUUCACAACCACCAAAGGAGACGUCACAACCAGUCAGUGCUCCAUCUAGUGGUCCACUCUGGUACUGGUCUGCUCCAGUGUUCACCUUAGCUUCAAACUGGAUUCAGCAUUUUUCCGCUGGUCUAACCCUGAGCUGCAGAAUGUGUUUGAUUUGAUCGAAAAUGUGUUGAACUGCUGAUGACUGUGGUAAAGAACAACCACUGGAUGAAUCAGAAAGUUCAGGAACAAACAUUUAGUCAUUUUCUGUCGUUCAGUGUUCUGCUUAAUCACCUUGUUUUUAUAAAGUGGACCUGAAACAUGAGACAAAAGUAUUUACCAUAAUCACCCUUAAACGACAUCCACUCAUUAUUUGUUCAAUUACUUCUUAAUGUUUGACUUUUUCCACUUAUUGAAUUGAAUGAAUUGUUUAUUUUGGUUUGUACAUUAAUCAUUACACAUAGCACAAUAAUAAUAAUAAUAAUACAU